GUGCCAUUCAGACGGACAGUUGCAGAUCGGCCUCACACCCAGCGACCAGAUCGCCCUCUCGCUGCAUUGCGAAUACGAAGGCAUAGCCGACCGAUCCUGGCUCACCGCUCAAGCCGAACAGGGCAGUAUUGCUGCAUCAUAUUUCCUGGCAAGGAUCCUCCAAGUCGAUCUCGACAGCCAGCAGUCUGAGAACAAGCCCAAGCAGGAGGCCAUCGAGCAACGAAUCAUCCAAUAUCUGGAGAAGGCUGCCCAAGCUGACCACAUGAUGGCACAGUUCCACCUGGCCGAGUGCUAUCGCAACGAAGUCGGCGUCGGCAAAGACCACACCAAGGCCGUCGAGCUGUAUCGUAGUCUUGCAGAUCGUGGGAUUCCUCAGGCCCAAGUCGUCCUCGGUGGAUGCUACGAGAAUGGCGAAGGUGUCGAUCAAGACUUUAACGCUGCCAUCGAGUGGUAUUCCAAGGCUGCAGAUCAGGGAAGCGAAGACGGCCGUCUCCAUAUUGUACAUCUCAUGGCUGUGUGUCUGGUCCAUGGAUUCGGAACCGCAGUGAACGGAAAGAGAGCGGCAAUCAUCUUUGAGCAACUCGCCAAGGACGGUCACAGCGACAGCCAGUUCUGGAUCGGAAUGUGCUACGAUGACGGUGAUGGAGUAUUGCAGGACAAAGAAAAGGCAUUCGAGUGGUUCAGCAAGUCUGCCGAACAAGACAACUCGUAUGGGCAGUGGAGGAUUGGGUAUUGCUACUAUGAUGGAAAUGGAGUCACCGAGGACCGCACCAAGGCAAUCGAGUGGUUCCGCAAGUCGGCCCAGCAGGGCAAUCGUUACGGACAAGAUUAUCUCGGGGAUUGCUUCCAAUAUGGCUGGGUGUCCCUCGAGACAUCGACACCGCCGUCUUUUGGCUCCGCAAGGCCACCGACCAGGGUCUCCAAGUUUCCAUCGACAGCCUCAAGUCCCUCGGCAAGUGGCCCUGAUCACCUAGUCCCACUCCCGAACAACAAAAUCGCAUCACUGAACAUACAAGCAGAGUAG